AUGGAAUCGUCAAAUAGAGAUGGUAGUGCUGGCUAUCAGCCCAGUGCACACGGCGGACGAAGUUCACGAGGGUUUAUGCAUCGAGCUAAGAAUAUUCAUUCAAAACUCAGUACGCCUAUUGAUCCUGAUCUCGACGGUGUAGGUGUUCAUGUGGACAUACCGGAUCUCGUUGAUCGUUUUCAAAAUGGCAAUCAAUUCAAUGUUGGAGCAAGUGUAGAUGGUCUAAAGCCCUAUGUGGAUAAAAGAAAUCAGAAAGUCGGAUUUUCUUUGUUAAAUGGAAGAGUCUGUCCGGACAGGGAUAUUGGUGCCGCCUUUGAGAUUGGUAAAGUCGAAGGCGGUAUUGAUGGCCUCGGAGUUAAAUACAACGCUUGUGGGGCAGCGACAAAUGUUGCGUUGGGUCCGGUCGAUAUCGGUGGAAAGCUUGGAACAGCAGAAGCUGGUGCAAAGAUUUGGGAGCCUGAUGUGGGCCUAGAUGUUGGAAUCAAGGCCAACGCCUCAGCCGUACAAGCGAAUGUGGGGCCUAUCAAUAUGAAUGUAGGCGUGGGAGUUGAUACUGGUGUGAAGUUUGGGAAAGAAGGAGUAGGAGUGGAAGUUCUGGGAACGGGUUUUCAGAUCGGUCGAACCACAGGAUUUUCGUUGUUUGGAUCAAGUUUGUCUUUCAAACUAUGGUAG